AAAAAACAUUCCGCUUCUGAGGCAAGCUCCUGAUCUUCCUGUUUACCCGGAAGUGGGCUGCUGUCAGCUGGUGCGCGGAGCAUUGUGGGAGUGGAGGACAUUGCUCAGACUCGUUCCUGUCUUGGUGCUGUCAGGUUUCUCCCUCUGUGUGUGAGUGCUAUUGUCAUAUUGUGUUAGUAUGUCGAGUCGAGGAGGGAAGAAGAAGUUGACGAAGACGUCUCGCUCGGUGAGAGCAGGAGUGAUUUUCCCUGUGGGCCGAAUGCUGAGGUACAUCAAACACAACCUCCCCAAAUACCGCAUCGGGGUCGGAGCUCCUGUUUACCUCGCUGCAGUGCUGGAGUACCUCACAGCUGAAAUUCUGGAGUUAGCGGGUAACGCAGCUCGUGACAAUAAGAAAGGUCGAGUGACUCCACGUCACAUCCUACUGGCCAUCGCUAACGACGAGGAGCUCAAUCAGCUGCUGAAAGGUGUGACGAUUGCUGCAGGAGGAGUUUUACCCAACAUCCACCCCGAGCUGCUCGCCAAGAAACGAGGCUCUAAAGGAAAACUGGAGGUUGUGGUGUCGCCUCCACCGGCCAAGAGCAAAACCACCAAAAAAACACCAGCUGCCAAAAAACCCCCCAGCAAGAAGUCCUCUAGAGUGAAGAGGCGUGGUGAUAGCAGUAAAGCGGUGAGUGCAGAUAGCACCACUGACUCUCUGUCUGAUGGCUUCACCGUUCUCUCGUCUAAAAGCCUCUUCCUGGGACAGAAGUUGAAUCUGAUUCACAGUGAGAUCAGUAAUUUGGCUGGUUUUGAUGUGGAAGGUGUCAUUAAUCCAACUAACGCUGAGAUUGACCUUAAAGAUGAUUUAGGGAGUGCGCUGGAGAAGAAGGGUGGGAAGGAGUUUGGUGAAGCCGUGUUGGAGCUGCGCAAGAAGAACGGCCCUCUGGAGGUGGCUGGAGCGGCGAUGACGUUAGGUUACGGCCUUCCAGCGAAGUUUGUGAUCCACUGUAACAGUCCUGGCUGGGGCUCAGAUAAGUGCGAGGAGCUGCUGGAUAAAACCGUGAAGAACUGCCUCGCUCUGGCUGACGAGAAGAAACUCAAAUCUGUGGCGUUUCCCUCCAUUGGCAGCGGCAGGAACGGUUUUCCAAAGCAGACAGCUGCUCAGCUGAUCCUGAAAGCCAUCAGCAGCUAUUUCGUGUCCACCAUGUCCUCCUCCAUCAAGACUGUCUACUUCGUCCUGUUUGACAGCGAGAGCAUCGGCAUCUAUGUGCAGGAAAUGGCCAAACUCGAUGCCAAAUAAAUUUAUAUCUGUGUCUUUUUAAUGCUUUUGUGAGUUUCAUACACAGAUCUCCACUUUAGAGCCCCAGAUAUGCUGAUGUCAUGUGACCUCUGUCAUGUGUCAUGUGGUGUUUCCUCUCCAUGCAUAAAAUAAGCAGUUCCCUCUGGAUGUAAACAUUUUCCCAAACAAUACAGAUAGAAUAAAAUUCUUGACACGUUUUCCUGCAUCACAGAGUUUAAAAGUCAUGGUCAGAUGUUUCAUGGGAAAAUUUCUGUUAAUGUAAUAAUAACUUUAUACUCAGUCUGUGCAGCCUGCGGUGUUCCUCAGGGCUCGGUGCUUGGUCCUAUGCUCUUUUCACUGAUCUGAGCUCUGCCUGAGUUUUUAGUGUUGCUUGAAAAAUCAUUAGAUAAUUAAGUUUGUCAAAUUAGUAUGAAUUACUACCAUCAUUAAUUUUGACACUUUCUAUAAUUAUAGAGAAUCUAGAAUCUAGACUCUGUCUCGGGCACUAAUACGGAGAUCUGUGGUUUUAUCAGAGUUUAAAGAUGUGUAUUGAGUUACUUGUGGAUUUUAUGUUGAGAUGGUGGUUCAGAGUGUGUUUGUGUUCUUGUCUCACUGCAGGACUGUUUGAAAUUUAUUACAGACCGAUGGGACUGUGUAUGACCGCACACACCCCCCCAAAUCCCUCAUCUCACACACUAAUGCAGGAAAUACCUGAGAUCUUCAAAUUCUGUUUAGUGUUUUUAAACGUCAAAAGAUGGUGACCUCGUUAACAAAUAACCAACAACUUAACUUAACAUAGCGUAAUGCUAAUAAUGGGAUGAUUUUAUUCACCCUGGGAAAUUAGCCAUUUCUGUGGUAACACAUUAUCACAGGCACACUGAGUGCUCUGAUAGAUGACUGAUGUGUACACACUACUUGACAUUUAUGUGAUGCUGAAAUGACUUAAAAACACUUUAUAACUGCAGGAUCAUGAUUAGUUGCUGUCGCACCUGCAAUACUAAACCUAUCAAUCUGUUAAAUCUAUAAAUAGAAUAAAAUUUUACAUUUAUAUUAUUUUAAUUCAGAUUUGCCAAAUAAAACACAAGAAUAAACAGUGUGUAACAGAAUGUGAUGAGAGUAAUAAAUUUAGAACAGUCCAGGACAGUGGAAGGGGGGUGUAGGUGGUACAUUCCGGAAAGUGGGCAUGAUGUGGGUGUAGGUGAUACACUCGGUGCACUUUGGUGUUUGUGACAUAGCGACAUAUUGUUUAGUUCUACAUUCUGUUUCUUUCUGUGAUGUGCAGCACUCACAUUAAAUAUAAGUAUAAAAUAUAUAUAAUGUAUGACAGAUGUUUUAAUAAAAUAUCCCCCUGUGAUAAACAGUU